CGCACGCGGGGGCGCGCCGGGCCGGGGAGGCGCGCUCCGGCCGCGCUCGCUCCGCGCUCCCUUCGCUCGCUCGUUCCCUCCUCCCUCGGCAGCCGCGGCGGCAGCAGGAGAAGGCGGCGGCGGCGGCUGGGGAUCAGACAUGGCGGCGGAUCUGAACCUGGAGUGGAUCUCCCUGCCCCGGUCCUGGACUUACGGGAUCACCAGGGGCGGGCGAGUCUUCUUCAUCAACGAGGAGGCCAAGAGCACCACCUGGCUGCACCCCGUCACCGGCGAGGCCGUGGUCACCGGACACCGGCGGCAGAGCACAGAUUUGCCUACUGGCUGGGAAGAAGCAUAUACUUUUGAAGGUGCAAGAUACUAUAUAAACCAUAAUGAAAGGAAAGUGACCUGCAAACAUCCAGUCACAGGACAACCAUCACAGGACAAUUGCAUUUUCGUAGUGAAUGAACAGACUGUUGCAACCAUGACAUCUGAAGAAAAGAAGGAACGACCUAUAAGUAUGAUAAAUGAAGCUUCUAACUAUAACGUGACUUCAGAUUAUGCAGUGCAUCCAAUGAGCCCUGUAGGCAGAACUUCACGAGCUUCAAAAAAAGUUCAUAAUUUUGGAAAGAGGUCAAAUUCAAUUAAAAGGAAUCCUAAUGCACCAGUGGUCAGACGAGGUUGGCUUUAUAAACAGGACAGUACUGGCAUGAAAUUGUGGAAGAAACGCUGGUUUGUGCUUUCUGACCUUUGCCUCUUUUAUUAUAGAGAUGAGAAAGAAGAGGGUAUCCUGGGAAGCAUACUGUUACCUAGUUUUCAAAUAGCUUUGCUUACCUCUGAAGAUCACAUUAAUCGCAAAUAUGCUUUUAAGGCAGCCCAUCCAAACAUGCGGACCUAUUAUUUCUGCACUGAUACAGGAAAGGAAAUGGAGUUGUGGAUGAAAGCCAUGUUAGAUGCUGCCCUGGUACAGACAGAACCUGUGAAAAGAGUGGACAAGAUUACAUCUGAAAAUGCACCAACUAAGGAAAGCAAUAACAUUCCCAACCAUAGAGUUCUAAUUAAACCAGAGAUCCAAAACAAUCAAAAAAACAAGGAAAUGAGCAAAAUUGAAGAAAAAAAGGCAUUAGAAGCUGAAAAAUACGGAUUUCAGAAGGAUGGUCAAGAUAGACCGUUAACAAAAAUUAAUAGUGUAAAGCUGAAUUCUCUGCCAUCUGAAUAUGAGAGUGGGUCACCAUGCCCUGCUCAAACUGCACACUACAGACCAGUCAACUUGAAUAGUUCAGAGAACAAAAUAGUCAAUGUUAGCCUAGCAGAUCUUAGAGGUGGAAAUCGCCCCAGUACAGGGCCCUUAUACACAGAGGCUGAUCGAGUCAUACAGAGAACAAAUUCAAUGCAGCAGUUGGAACAGUGGAUUAAAAUCCAGAAGGGGAGGGGUCAUGAAGAAGAAACCAGGGGAGUAAUUUCUUACCAAACCUUACCAAGAAAUAUGCCAAGCCACAGAGCCCAGAUUAUGGCCCGCUACCCAGAAGGUUAUAGAACACUCCCAAGAAACAGCAAGACAAGGCCUGAAAGUAUCUGCAGUGUAGCCCCUUCCACUCAUGACAAGACGUUAGGACCGGGAGCGGAGGAGAAACGGAGGUCCAUGAGAGAUGACACAAUGUGGCAGCUCUACGAAUGGCAGCAGCGUCAGUUUUAUAACAAACAGAGCACCCUCCCUCGACACAGUUCUUUGAGUAGUCCCAAAACCAUGGUAAAUAUUUCUGACCAGACAAUGCACUCUAUUCCCACAUCACCAUCCCACGGGUCAAUAGCUGCUUAUCAGGGAUACUCCCCUCAACGAACUUACAGAUCGGAAGUGUCUUCACCAAUUCAGAGAGGAGAUGUGACAAUAGACCGCAGACACAGGGCCCAUCACCCUAAGCAUGUCUAUGUGCCUGACAGAAGGUCAGUGCCAGCUGGCCUGACUUUACAGUCUGUUAGUCCCCAGAGCCUCCAAGGGAAAACGCCAGAGGAGCUUACGCUGCUGCUAAUAAAGCUGAGACGGCAGCAAGCCGAACUGAGUAGUAUCCGGGAGCAUACGUUAGCACAGCUCAUGCAGCUAAAGCUUGAGGCCCACAGCCCAAAGAAUGAAAUUCUUUCACAUCAUCUCCAAAGGAACACCAUAUAUUUGGAUCAUCAGAUGAAAGAAAAUGAACCUAUUAUCACCAUGGUUCACACAAUGAUUGAGAACUCGGCGCUAAGACCCCAACUGUACCAGCAAUUCUUAAGACAGAAGAACAAGAUAAGUCUAUACUGUCUGUCACAAGAUGAAGGUAGAGGCACAUUAUACAAAUACAGACCUGAAGAAGUAGAUAUUGAUGCCAAGUUAAGCCGAUUAUGUGAACAAGAUAAAGUGGUGCAUGCUCUGGAAGAGAAACUUCAGCAACUCCACAAGGAGAAAUACACACUUGAGCAAGCUUUGCUGUCAGCCAGCCAAGAGAUAGAAAUGCAUGCAGAUAACCCAGCAGCCAUUCAGACAGUGGUGUUGCAAAGGGAUGAUUUACAAAAUGGACUGCUUAGUACGUGUCGAGAACUUUCUCGAGCCACUGCCGAAUUGGAACGAGCAUGGAGAGAAUAUGAUAAGUUAGAAUACGAUGUAACUGUUACCAGGAACCAGAUGCAAGAGCAGCUAGAUCACCUUGGUGAAGUUCAGACGGAAUCAGCAGGAAUUCAGCGUGCACAGAUUCAGAAAGAACUUUGGCGAAUUCAAGAUGUCAUGGAAGGGCUGAGUAAACACAAGCAGCAAAGAGGUACUACAGAAAUAGGUAUGGUAGGAUCAAAGCCUUUCUCAACAGUUAAGUACAAAAGUGAGGAAGAGGAAGUAGUCCCACCUCGUCCUCCACUUCCUCGGUCCUAUGACUUUACAGAGCAGCCUCCCAUAAUCCCCCCUCUGCCCAGUGAUAGCAGCUCCUUGCUCUGUUAUAGCAGGGGCCCAGUUCAUCUGCCUGAAGAAAAGAAGAUGUAUCAAGUUCAAGGAUAUCCAAGAAAUGGAUCUCACUGUGGUCCAGAUUAUAGACUCUACAAGAGUGAACCAGAGUUAACAACAGUGGCAGAAGUUGAUGAAUCUAAUGGAGAAGAAAAAUCAGAACCUGUUUCAGAGAUAGAAACUUCAGUUGUUAAAGGUUCCCACUUUCCUGUUGGAGUAGUCCCUCCGAGAACAAAAUCACCAACACCCGAAUCUUCAACAAUAGCUUCAUAUGUAACCUUGAGGAAAACUAAGAAGAUGAUGGAUCUAAGAACGGAAAGACCAAGAAGUGCAGUGGAACAGCUGUGUUUGGCUGAAAGUACUCGACCUAGGAUGACGGUGGAAGAGCAAAUGGAAAGAAUAAGAAGACAUCAACAAGCGUGCCUGAGGGAAAAGAAAAAAGGAUUCAAUGUUAUUGGUGCUUCAGACCAGUCACCCUUACAAAGCCCUUCAAAUUUAAGGGAUAAUCCAUUUAGGACUACUCAGACUCGAAGGAAGGAUGAUAACGUUAAGGAACUGGACAUUGUCAUUAGAGAAAAUGAUGUAAAGCCAGACCGUGAAACUCCCACAGCAGAAAUUAUUCAACUAAAAGAAACUGAACCCCAAAAUGUGGACUUCAGCAAAGAGUUUAAAAAAACUGAAAACAUUUCAUAUGAAAUGCUUUUUGAACCUGAGCCAAAUGGAGUAAAUUCUGUGGAAAUGAUGGAUAAAGAAAGAAACAAAGAAAAAAUGCCUGAGGAUGUUACAUUCAGCCCUCAAGAUGAAACACAGAUCACAAAUCAUAAACCAGAAGACCAUCCUGAAGAAAAUACAAAGAACAAUGUUGACGAACAGGAAGAAACUGUUAUUUCUUACGAAUCAACUCCUGAGGUUUCUAGAGGAAAUCAAACAAUGGCAGUGAAAAGUCUGUCCCCAUCUCCUGAGUCCUCGGCAUCGCCAGUUCCGUCCACUCAGCCGCAGCUCACAGAAGGAUCACAUUUCAUGUGUGUGUAGUCCCAGAAGAACUAUACUGACUUCUGUUGAAACCAUUCAAAGCUAAAGACAUGGACCUUCAGCAGUGUAAGAAGAUAUUGUACAGUAUAUUUUAAAUCUAUGAAAUUCAUAGUUCUGAUGCUUUUGGUCACAGAGCAUCAUUUUAUCACUUCUGGAAAAUGUUUAUUCCAAAACAGCUUUAAUGGCCCAUAUGUACACUCCGUAAUCUCAAGGUUAUUAUUCUGACACCAGCUUGCUGCUAUGAUUUCAGAGCACAUAAGUAAAGGUGCUUUUUAAUGUGCAGUCUAUUGCCAGAGCUUACUUAGUUGCUGAUUUCCAGAUUUUGAUGUUUCUGAAGUCUAGGUGAAUUUAUAUAUAUAUUUUUUUUUUUGCUUUUCAUUUUCUUAAGUUAGUUAUUAUUUCCAAUGAAGCUUGUUUUCUUUUUCUUUUUUUUUUCUUUUCUUCCCAUUUUGGCUACUGCAGUGCUUUUGUUUCACACUUGAUUUGUAAAAAUUUUAUAUAUAUAUAUAUAUAUAUAUUUAAAAUGUGCCAUUUUAUUGCUAAGUGAAGUAUGUCCUGUUUUCUGCUCUAAUUCUUUCUUAGUCCGAUUGCAAUGUCAGCAGUUACUGCCACACUCCUGUCAGCUUAAACACAAAUGUUACCGCUUAUCUUUUCUUAAAAAAAAAAAAAAAAAAGUGUAGGUAUUUUGAAGUACUGGGCUUAUAUUUCAUUGGAAUACAUGUGUACAGCAAUAAGCAGGUUUUCAAAUCCAGUACUUAGUUUGUGUACAAAUGUAAUUAUGUUCAUUGUGUAUAUAUUAUACAAUGAGCACAUGUAAUGUAUUAAAGGCUACUUACUAUUGUUUAAAUGCAAAUGUUCAUAUCUCAUUUCUUUUUUAUCAUGUUAAAUAAAUGUUGAUGUUCUUAAA